CAAAAGCAGAAGAAAAAAAAAAUAGCAAACGUUUCUGCGAAAAUUUUGUAAAAACGAAAGCCAAAUUCAAUAAGAUAUCACCAAAAUGUCAUUCAAAGGCAAUCCCAAGGUGCAAAAGGUGAUGGUGCAGCCCAUCAACCUGAUCUUUCGUUAUCUGCAAAGCCGUUCGCGCGUCCAAGUAUGGCUAUACGAGAACAUUUCGCUGCGUAUCGAGGGCCACAUCGUGGGCUUCGACGAGUACAUGAAUCUGGUACUGGAUGAUGCCGAGGAAGUUUAUGUUAAAACGCGCCAACGCAAAAAUCUUGGACGCAUCAUGCUCAAGGGGGACAAUAUAACGCUUAUACAGAAUGUUAGCCCAUCUAAGGAUUAAGCUAAAAUUCUUAAACUAAUUUCUCURAAGAAGAUUAAGAUUAAGUGAAUUAACUGUAAAUGGAAAAGUUAACCAACAAUAAAAUAAACAAAAUUUUAUAUGAAA